AAAACAUCUUUAUAUAGCAAUGCACAUUACAGGUUAAACGAUAGUCAGAUAAAGUUCUUGCUCAAAGGUGAACAUGUCACAUAUGCAUGCAUUGGUGCUAUUUGUAUUUCUCUGUCGGGUCUCUCUGACAGUGAGCACGUUUGUUACCACUGAAACACAUGCUGGGGUCGUACGUGGUUACAUGGUCUCCACACCACCAGAUGGACAGCUAGAGAUUUACCUGGGGAUACCUUUUGCUGAACCCCCUGUUGGGGACUUGCGUUUUGCUCCACCUGUCGAGAAAAGGCAUUGGAGACCCCAGGUUCUUAAUGCCACCGAAUUUGGUGCAGUGUGUCCACAGAAUAUCAAAUACAUACGUACACAUUUUGGAAAUGGAUAUACAAAAAUAAAUGAAGACUGUUUGUAUCUUAAUAUCUACGCACCUAAGAACAUCAACCACCCAGCGGAAUUACUCCCUGUUAUGGUAUGGAUUCAUGGAGGAUAUUAUGAAGCGUCAUCGGGAUCGGCAUACGACGGAAGAAUAUUGGCCUCACGGGGAGAAGUUAUUGUAGUCACUGUGAAUUACAGACUCGGAGCCCUUGGGUUCCUAUCAACGUUUGAUUCAAUGGCAACCGGAAAUCAAGCACUUCUAGACCAAGUGCUUGCAUUAAAGUGGGCAAAAAAUAUUCGUAGCUUUGGUGGAGAUCCUGAUAGGGUGACCAUUUUCGGAGAAAGUGCAGGAGGGGCGGCUGUUUCACUGCAUAUGUUUUCUCCUUUAUCUGAGGGAUUAUUUCAUGGCCUGAUCACCCAGAGCGGAUGUGCAUUAAGUCCUUUUGCUAUAUAUAGACCGCCUUACUCGCAACUUAGCAACACCAGAAGCGUGGCUCUUUCACUGGGUUGUCCAGCCACCUCUUCCAGGGCAAUGAUUGAAUGCUUAAGGACUAAAUCAGCUCAAGAGAUUGUUGAAGUGAAGCCAGUAGUACAUUACCCCAAACUAUCUCUAGCGUUUGCUCCCAGAGUCGAUGGUUACUUUUUACACGACGUCCCCGAAAAUUUGCUCAAAAGAGGAGAGUUUCAUAACAAUAUACGGGUUAUGACCGGGUUUGUAGAUGAUGAAGCGUCCAUCUUUAUACCAAGUAUCUUCGACAAAUCUGGCGGAUAUGACGUCCAUUUCUAUGAAGCAUUGUUAGACGAACUUAGCUCAGGGUUUCUCCACAGAGAAAAGGUGCAGUCUGCUUUGAUUUGUCUUUAUCCACCUGCGAUAAACAAUUCACGAAAGAACGUGGAGACAUACAUGCAGCUGGCGUCUGACUAUGAGUUUCGAUUUCCCACUAUACAUAUGUCAGCUGAUCUUACCAGUAAGGGAGUUCUUACAUGGAUGUACCAGUUUGAUUAUCUCUCUGCGCAUACACCGGAACCUGAGUGGAAAGGUGUGUACCAUUCCAGUGAACUGUAUUUUGUAUUCGGGGCUCCUCUGUUCAAUUCGAUGCCGUGUCCAGGACUUCGGAACACCACUUGCCCUCAGAUAUGGGAGACAGAUCAAACUUGGGACUCAGAGGAUGAGAGAAUCAGCGAUAUUCUGAUCAAUAUUUGGGUUUCAUUUGCUAAAUUAAGAGCUACCCAUCAGACUUCUCUAAUUCUACCCAGCGGCGAUGUAUGGAAUCCAUUUGAUGAAAGAAAAGAGUUCCUAGUCAUCAACUCCACGCUUGAAAUUAAAAACCACCCCAGGCAGCGGAUGCUAGCUCUUUGGGAUAAAUUUGAUUACCUAAAUUUUUAUGCAGAGCCAGAUCCACAGAGCCAUUGCGUUAAUUAAUGUAUCCUGGAGUCCAUCGUAGAAUUGUCAUGUCGACCAAGUGAAAGAUAACGUUAGAAAAAUUGGGAAAGAAUAUACGAAUAUUAAAAUUACGAUAUUAUGUGAAUUGUAUAAUGUGUUUAAUUUAAUGCUCCUUAAGGCUCUUUAUUCUAAUUAAGACCUUUUUUCGAAGAUACCCAACCGUUAAAUAAUAACCGAUACACGUUUAAAACUAUAAUCUGUCCCAGAUUACUGUUUUCCUUGCAAUUUAUAUACUUACACAUGUCAAAGUAGUAAU